AUGCCCCCAGAAAAUGAUGAUGAUGAAGAUGAUGAUGCUGCUUGUGAUGAAGAAAUAUCUACUACCUGGCGGAUAUUUCUGAUGCCCUUUGUUUGCGGGUUGUGUCUGCGACCGCCGCCCCAGAAGCCUGCGGCGCGGUUCAGCCGCAUGCACGUUCGCUCAAUCACAUGUCUGAGAGAUUAUACUUCUACCAGCUUCUUCUCUACUGCUGUUGAUGUUACUGCUGCUCUUUCUGCUAAAACAGCUGCUGCUUCUGCUGUAACAGCUGGUUAUAUAUCUACUGUUACUGCUGCUGCUCUUUCUGCUCCCACAGCUGCUGAUUCUGCUGUUACUUCUGCUGCUGCUGCUCCUGUUACUGCUACUAUUGCUCCUCCUAUAAUUGCUUUUACUUCUGCUACUUCUUCUUCUUCUGCUGUUGCUGUUACUGCUAUUAUUGCUGCUCUUGCUACUGCUCCUAAAACUGCUUUUACUUUUGCUUCUACUGCUACUUCUUCUGCUGUUCCUGUUACUACUUCUAUUGUUGCUCCUGUUACUGCUAGUAUUGCUCCUGCUGCUGCUCCUAUUACUGCUUCCAUUGCUGCUUCUGCUGUUUCUUCUUUUUCUGCUGCUGCUACUGCUUUUUCUGUUGUUCCUGUUACCUAUUUUAACUCUGCUGCUCUUGCUACUGCUUUUUCUGCUGCUACUGCUGUUUCUGCUGCUCUUGUAACUGCUUUUCCUGCUGCUGCUACUGCUUUUUCUGCUGUUCCUGUUACUGCUUUUACUACUGCUAAUACUGCUUUUACUGCUAUUGCUACUGCUUUUCCUGCUGCUCUUGCUACUGCUUUUCCUACUGCCCAUGUUACUGUUACUUCAACUGCUUCUACCGCUUCAAAUGCUGCUCCUGUUACCGAUUUUAACUCUGCUGCAGCUGCAGCUGCUGCUGGUGCUGUUGCUGCUGUUGCUGCUGCUGUUGCUGCUACUGCUGCGUCGUCAAUUAAUUCUGCCGACCUGCUCUGCGCCUAA